UCCGAUGUCCUUCUGUACUGAUUUUUUGUAGCUACCUAGCAAGUCGCCUUGGUAAAAAUGUUCAGAGCAGUUGCGCGACUUUCUGUCUCCGGCAUCCGGACGCUGGCACGAUCGAGGCCUGCCUACACUGCUCCUUUGGCCACUCGCUGUUACUCUCAUGCCAAGGUGGAGACGGAUGAGGAAUUUGAUGCCCGCUGGGUCACCUAUUUUAAUAAUCCAGAAAUCGAUUCCUGGGAGUUGAGGAAAGGCAUGAACACCCUGAUCGGUUAUGACCUGGUACCCGAGCCAAAGAUCCUGGACUCGGCCCUGAGGGCCUGCCGGAGGUUAAACGACCUGGCCAGCGCUAUCCGCAUCCUCGAGGCUGUCAAGAACAAAACUGGAUCUCACAAAGACAUCUACCCCUACGUGAUUCAGGAACUGCGUCCUACGCUGGAUGAACUGGGCAUUUCCACACCCGAGGAGCUCGGCAUUGACAGACAUUGAUAUCCCCACUAUGGGUCUUCCAGAGGUGUGUUGAGGUUACUGUGACAUGGCUGCCAACUGCACUUAAUUUGUCCCAUAAAAUAAUGUUUAUGUAAUAUUUUAUUAGGACUUUGUGUCCUAUUGUGUAUAAAAUGUCAACGGAUCUAUUAAAUGGAAAACUGUCUUUAAUGA